AUGCUAGAAAAUCUAAAUCCAGUGUUACAUGUACCUGUAAAGCCUCGGCUAAAUAGACUAGGCUUAAAUAUUAAUAACUUUGAGUGGGAUGGUCAGCGUCAACUUAUUGAUAAGGCAGAAAUAUUUGAUCAUAUUCGUGAUAUUCGAGAUCCUGAACAUCCUCAUAGUCUUGAAGUGUUAAGUGUAUUAACUGAUGAUUGGAUUAAUGUGAAUGAUGCCGAAAGUUGGGUUUGUGUUGAAUAUUCACCAACAAUUCCUGGUUGCAGUAUGGCUACAUUAAUUGGAUUGGCUAUUAAAGUGAAAUUAAUUCGUUCACUUCCUCGACGAUUUAAAAUUGAAGUCAAGGUGAAACCUGGUACACAUGAUUCUGAAGAUGAAAUAAAUAAGCAGCUUGCUGAUAAAGAACGUGUGGCAGCUGCUUUGGAAAAUCCCGCCCUGCUUAAACUAUCACACUUCCGAAUUUCGCACUACACGGGUGGUUGGAUCAUAUGUUGUUUUGAAGCUUCUUUAUUCAUGGUUCUCAAUGAGCGUACGUCACAUAUUGUUGUUGAUACAGCACCUUUUGUAAAACGUACACGUCUUGAGACUUUCGGGGCAAGUAUUUACACUAUACCACAAGUUUUAGCUGAAAUAAAAGAUGUUCAAACACGUGAAUAUAUGAAUUGUUUACCGUAUGCCCUGAAUUGUCAAGUACCAGAAACUAAUUCUAUUAACAUAAUUAAAGGUAUUGCAAAACAAACUGGGGAUCUGUCAGUUCUUUCUGCAACAGAUAUUAAUGUGAUCGCUUUAACUUAUGAACUGCAUAAAAGAUAUAUCGGCGAACCAAAAAUUAAGGAUGUGAAACCUUUGCCCAGUAACCUUGGGUCUUUAGCUCGUUCUCAAUUGCCAAAAUCGAACACAAAAAGCAAUCCAUCCGUUGAUGUAUGUGAUGGGGCAGAAACAUCUGGAUCUGAAAACAGUGAUACAGAAACAUCUGAACCGGAUGAUGAUGAUUGGAUAACAGAAAAUAACUUUGAUGAGAAGGCCAUGACUAAUUUCGGGCUUGGAGGAAAAAUUGCAGAUAUACUGGAACCAAUCAAUGAAGUUGAAACAAACGUUGUAGCUUGCUUGACAACUGAUUUUGCUAUGCAAAAUGUUCUUUUCCACGCAGGUCUCGACAUAGUAAGCAUAAAUGGUUUGCGUAUUCGUCAACCAAGAACACAUUUACUUUGGUGUUGUGCUUGCUUUAAGCCUACUAAACGUACGGACACCUACUUUUGCCCAUGGUGUGGACAUGCUAGUCUACGUCGAAUCCCAGUUACUUUACACGAAGAUGGCCAGUUAGAAUUUCACUUUGCGAAAAGAUUUGUGCACAGACGGCGCGGUUUAAAACAACCAGUAAGAAUCCCAAAGGGUGGAAAGUAUGCUGACGAACCAAUUUAUUGUGCAGACCAACGUAUUCCUGACCGAAGACCAGCCCGUCCUAAAAAUCCAAAAGUGCUUCCAUUAGCUACUAACGGCUUAUUAGGAUUUGAAGAUGAAGAACUAUCCAAUGUUUUGGAAUUCCAAUGUAAUUUAAGCAAUGCAUCAUCAGUGGUGUUCCCAUUAAAUGACGUUACUAGUCGAUCUGCACUCUGUGGUAUCCGAUCUGAUCAUCAAAUACCAAGCAGAAGCUAUUUACAAGGUGUACAUGCUGAGCAUGGCCUUAAACCAACAAGAGGCAAGGCUCAUAUAGUUAGACCAAGAACAGGAAAUAAGAAGAAACAUAAAUCUUAA